UCGCUUUCUUCUUUCCUCCAACGAAGCGAGUCUUUACAGUCGUAUUCAUCCCACUGCUCUCCCUUUAUACUUGUUUGGAGUUUCAUGCAAAGGGUUUACAUGAGAAUGUACGCAUGCGCGCGCGUAACUAUACAAGUACGCCGUCGAGAAUGAACCCUCGAAAUGCUGAUAAAGGAACGCAGUACCAGAGCUGGUGGGGGAAAAGUUAAGCGAGAUGGGGAAGUGGGGAGGCAGACGGAACGAGCGUUAUUCCUAUAAAGAGUAAGCGAGGGGCGAAGAGACGAGUAAAGGAGGGAAACCGCAAGCGUUCCGGAGUGGGGAGAGAAGCCCGCCGUUUGCCGCGAACGGCGCACGCUGCUCCAUGCUCGCUUGCUCGCGCGCGCGCGCGCGUCCUUACAAAAUACAACGCAUCUGAACACUCUGAACUCGACGUUGAGAACGCGCUUCAACAGUUCGGCACGAAUUCACACUGAGUUGAUUAUCCUGUCGCGCGGUUUCAUCGUGGUGGCGCCGCCAUAUUGGCGGCUCAAUAUAACACGUACUAAUAAUAAAGUUGAGAUAGGAUACGCGACAGGCGUCCGGUGGCAGUCGAUGCGUCGAUUCCACCAUCGUUGAACGGUCGCCGCGUCAAUGUAUCAUUUAGAGGAAAACGCUGUGAUCAUGUUUUAACACUGUCAGCCAUGUUUGAUCAUAUGCAAGAACUUAAGAGGGCCUUACUAUCCUCCAAAUGAUAACAAAUCUUCAUCGCAUCGUUUGUUUAUAUCGUUGUUUUCGGAUCUUUUUCUUUUGUUGAUCGACGUGAAAAAAAAAAGAAAUAGAAAAAAGACCAGAGACCAUCGUGCGGUGAAGAACGAAAAGAAAAGAAAACGAGAAAAGAUCGAAUAAAUUUGGCGCGUAGUCAUUUUGACGCACGUUGGAAAUUUGUCCAGCGCGCGUAUUUAAUUGGUCCCAUUUUUCCAUGAAUAUUUGUUACAAAUUCAUUACAUCGAUGAAAGAUCUAAUUUUUUGUAUGGCCUUUUAAAUAUCGAGUAACUGUCAUUAUUGUGUCAUGAAUUAUCUUAUGUGAUUAUCAACGACAAAGGUUAUAAUUAUUCUUAUACUUGAGGUUCGAAACAUUCGUUGAAUACAAGCCGGUUCUUCGAAUGUUUCGUUUUGUUAUUGUACGAUGUACAAUAGUCUUCGCAGACGAGUUUCAACAACAUGAACUUAUGUUGAUAACUUUAUGAAAAUUUUCAUUGUUGGCAACAAUGCCUAUUGGAAAUGAAUGAUCCAUUAGAUAACGAUAUUAAAGAAUUUGGAUUGUCCACGAAGGGUACAAUUUAUCAGGAUAGUGACGUGGAUCUGCUACAGACAUUUGGUGAACAAAUAGAUAAACAAAGUCCAUCGUAUAAUUUAUCCAGUCAACCAUUUCAUUGCGAAAUUUGUGAAGAACAAUUUACAACGAAAAAACAAUUACGAACGCAUAUUUUCACUCAUUUAGGAAGAGCUCGUGUAGUACUUAAGAGAGUUUCUGAUUUAAAACCAGUGAAGAGAAAGCACAGCGAUACGUAUUGUUUAAGUACAGAAAAGAGUCAAUCUCUUAAAUUAAAACUUAAGAAAACAACAUAUACUGACCCCCUUAAAUUAACACUUAAGAAAUCAUCGGUGUCUGAAGAUUUUAUUGUAGUUAGUACUAAUCAUAGUCUGGAAAUAAGUAAUUACUCUAAAGAAGACGUGGCAGGUGCGGAAGGUAAAAAUGAACAGACAGAUACAGAAGAAACAGAUAAUUCAAUCGAACAAACAUUCGAAAACGUGAUGGUAGAUCAACAGGAUGAUUAUGAGAACGUCAAAUUUGAAUCUGACCAUGAUAAUCCUUUGGAAGAAAACGAAAGACCAUCCUUAGACAUCAAUGAAGGUGAUUCUGGAGUAGGGAGUGAUAUGGCAAAUCCAUCUGAAAAGGAAGAUCAAAACGUUGAUGAUUUACACGGAACGGAUCAUUAUGAUAAUUCAGAUAAAAGGUUUUCGGAAACAGAGGAUCAUGAAGAAUCGGAUGCUUUAGAAGCAACAUGCAGAGAAACUAUAGAAAAUUUGAAGAAGUUGGGAGAACAGUCAAGUUCUAGAUCUAUGAAUCAGUUAAUUAAUUCUUCUGUUGACGAAGAUAAUGAUACGGCAAAUGAAGUAGAUAUGAUACAUGAUCUUGAAGAAAAUCCAGCCAUAAGCAUUAUUUCUAAGUCUUCCACAUUUUCUAAUCAUUCUGUAUCUGAAGAUGAUCCAAAACAGUCUACAGAGACAGCAACUGGAUUUAAUUGGAAUCAAUUGUCUACUGAUUUAACUCAUAAAGAUAAAGUUAAUCUGAAAGAGAAUGAGGAACAUGAAGAAAAUCCAAAUGAAAACAAUAUUGAAAAUUCUAGUUCACUUUUGCAAAACUUUUUAAUUGAACACCAAAGACGCAAUCAAAGUGAAUCAAUAUCAAGUAACUUACCACCUGUUGAAACUGAAUAUGUUUCUCUAGAAAAAUUAGCAGAAACUGUUAACACGUGUCGUGUUUGCAAUGAAAAGUUUAAGGAUAUAACACAUCUUGAUGAGCAUAGAAGUAAAGUUGGUCAUUAUCAGUGCAAUAUUCCAGAUUGUGCCAACCUUAUUUUCCAUUCGCCAGUAGAAGUUUCAAUGCAUAAGUCUCAAGUACAUGGAACCUCACUUUCUCCAAAUGUUAGUCAAUUGUCGCCACAUUUAAAUACGAAUUCUCCGCAUUUAAAUCAAAAUUCACCACAUUUACGUCAAGCAUCUCCACAAUUGAAUACACAUUCGCCGCAUGCUCCGUCUAUGGAAUCUCCAUCGCAACUUAGUAGAAGUUCUCCAUUGACAUCUCCUCAUCAAACAAAUUCUCCAACAUAUAAUACUACAACCAAUACAGGUCAACAAAUAAUACCACCAGUUAAUUUUGAACAAUUGCCAGCACCUGUACAGCAACUAGCUCAACAAGUGCAACGUAUGCCUCUUCCACAAACACAGUUACCUCCAAGUCUUCCACCAGGAGCUAAUACCAUGAUACCUGGACCAAAUUACUUUGUACAACCACCAGGACGACCACCAUUAUAUAGAGUUCCUGGUCCACAGGGUAUGCAUUACCCUUCUCAUAUAUCUCAUCUAUAUCCACAAUAUGGACCUGGUCCAUAUCCACAGAUGACUGCUCCUCCACAAAUGCAUCCUCAACUGUCUCAACAAAUGUCACGCGGACGAUAUCCGUCGGUUGCACAAAAUACUAGGACACCACGUAUACCUCAAAGUGGUACAGUUCCUCGUCAACGUUUAAAAAGACCAAUGCAACAAGCAAUGCAAGUACAGCAACAACAAAAUAAUUCUGUUUUAAAACAAAGAAGGAUGGAUGUUUUAAUGCCAGAUAGAAAUGAAGAUGCAGAUUGUCAUGUUAUUGCACAACAGAAAAGAAAUGAUGGAUUACCUGUAAUACAAAAUGUUCAAGGAGCUACAACUCAGCAAGCAAAUAGAAAUGACUCAACAAUACAUCUUACAGAUUCAAUAACCCUUAGUGUUAGACAACCUGGUUCUGCCCCAGCUCAACUUCAAAAUACAUCAAAUCCUGGUAAGAAGUCUGAUGCAAAGGCCGUAGCAAAUGUAUUAGCAGCUAGAGGUAUUACAGUUACACCAGCCGCAAAUAAAAGUAAAACAAAUGAACAAAAUAAACAGCAAUCACCAGUACAACAACAAAGGCCUACUUCUACUCAGCAGUCUUUAAAUGUCCCAUCUCUUAAUUUAAAUUCAGCUAUUUCUAUUAUACCAGCAACCUCGCAAAGAAAGCAGCAAGAACAAGGACAGUUUGCUGUUCCUCAAAAUAAACAAAACAAAUCACCAAUAAGUGAUGUAGAACGGCCACCUAGACCUCCUACUGUUGAUUUAACUCAAGAUAAUCCACCUCAAGUGCCAGUUGUACGACGAGGAAGGCCUCCAAGAACAUUACUUACUUGUCAAAUGUGUGACAAAAGUUUCCAAAAUCAAGACAUGCUAACACAGCAUAUGGCAACACACAGAGCAACAAAUAAACUUCUUCAUAAGUGUAAUUUGUGUUCUGCUCAAUAUCCAACAGCUCAAGCAUUAGUUACGCACAAACAAACUUAUCAUAAAGAAGUUGAUACUAUGCCACAAAAUGGAGGUAUAGAAUUGGCUAUACCAGUCGUAGAUUUAAAAUCUCCACACGUUUUGAAUCGUUUAUCGAAUUUAGGUAUUCAAAGUUAUAUACCAUUAUCGCAAUUAAGUGCUCAAACUGGUGGCUAUUUUGGUUUACCAAUAAUAACUAUAGAUGGUGCAAGAAAUCCUAAUACAUGUAAUUUAGGCGCACUUGGUGCUACAUCGAUACUGAGCCUUGGUCCUCUAAAACAUUUGUCUAAUAGGUAACUAGGAAGAGGUUCUUUGAUGAUCAUACUAUGCACGAUCUUCUAUUUUUAUUUUUUUCAAGUUUUUCACAAUCAUUAUUUUUCUACUUGGGUAAAUUCAUAUAUUAUAUUGUUUCUUUCCAUGACUUAUUAUCGUUCGGAUUCUUCGUUUUAUUUUUAUUAAUUUUAAUUUUCCCUUUAGAAAUAUACAUUUCAUGAUUUAGAUUUAUUCACAUAAAUCUGAACACUGAUGCAAUUAAAUGGACAAUAUUUUUUCAUCAUUUGUUUAUUUUUGAGAGGAUAAAGAUUUUCAGAAUUGUCAGUUUACUUCUCAAAAGUAUAACUUUACUUUUAAUUUGUAUAAUUCUAGAGCAAUACAGUAUUCUUAAAUCCUAAAAAUUAGAAAAACUUUUCAAUAUGUUUAUAAUAACUUUGAAUAAUCCGAGAAAAAUACAAUCAAUAAAAAUAAAGUAUCUACUAUAUAUUUACAUAUUCUGCACUAAUAUAACAGAAUUUUUAGCAAAUGGUGUAUUUCAUGUGCAAUUCAUUAAUGUAAUAUAUUUUUUUGAAAACGAGAGAAUUAAGUAGAAUUUAUUAAAAGGCAUUUUCACAUAGAACAUUUUUCUCAUAAGAAGGUGCACUGAUAAAUAUUGAAAAUAUUUAUAACUCUUUGUGCUCGCACAUUUUCCAUUAUUAUAAGCAAUAUUAAAAAGUGAAUUCUAUUAAAAUCACUUUCAAUAUAUUGCAAAUUUAAAUGGAAAUUCACACAAAUGCAUUAUUUUCUAUAUAGUAUUAUUUAAAAUUUCUAUUUCAAUAUCGACAAUAUAAUAUAAUAAAAUGACGAUAAAUUGGACAAGAUGUAAGAGAAUCUAUUUGUUAAACAGAUGAUAGUCGAGCGUAAAUAAUUUAGGUUACUAGUAAUUUGAGUUAAUAAAUAUAUUGAUGUAAAAUUCAGAUUACAAACAAAUGGUGCUUUACAGCACUUACAUUCAUGCAACUUGAUGGUGUUGAAAAUCAGUAUUGAUUUGAAUAUAAAGUGUGCUUUGUUAAAAUAAUCUAUGUUUUAGUAUAUCCAAUAUGUAAGUUCAAUUUUAAAGACAUAUCCUCUAAAACAAUUGUAAUUAAUGUAUAAAUAUAAAUAUUUUUAAUUUUAUUAAAAGUUUGCGAUUAAAAUAACACAUUUUACGAUUAUUUUUUAAUAAAAAAUAGAUACAUUGCCUAUAUGUCAAAUCUAUAGAUAGUAUAAUUUUAACAUAGCACACUAGUAGAUAAUUUUAUAUUAUGUAGUAUAGUCCUAAUUAACAGUAUAUAUAUCACAUAUAUUAUGUUAUUAAAAGAAUUUAUUAUUAUAUACAAUUAAAUUUUUGCUCGAAGUUAAAGAAAAGCGAUCUAUUUUCAUAAAUAUUGAACAAAAAUAUAAUAAAUUGAAAACACAUUAUAUAUUAUUUUUAUUUGGACAUUUACUCUCGCGCGCUUUUUCAAUGUAAUUGAAAAGUUUUUAUAUUUACAGCAAUUUGCAUGUAUGAAUGCAAAAUGCACAAAGUUGCUAAUGUACCUAAAGGCAGACUAUUUUCUGCUAAUUUAACAGGAUAGCGUAUUUCAAAACUUCUAACCGAUGAUUCAUUCUCGUUAUAUAUAUAUCUAUAUAUAUAUAUAUAAAUAAAAAAAAAAUAUAUAUAUAUAUAAUAUAUAUAUAUCUUACUACUUGCGUCCAAUUAAAAAUAAGAAAUUCAGAAGUAAUGAAAUUAAAAUAGCGCGUUACUAUACAUUAAUUAUACAAAUGUAACAAAUUUAAUUAUUUUCUUUUUCGUUUUAUAUUUUGUAUUUUAAACUAUGAAAACGAAUUGUAUAUAGAUACAUUUUGUAUAAAUGGACACCCAUAUUUAGCUAAUACGUUUGUUUAUACAGGAAUCGUAUUAAAGAAAGUUAUAUGUAGGUACGUACACGAAAUUAAAUGUACACAUACCUACCAACACUAUUUAAAUCAUUGUUAAUUAUAGUUAACGAAAUAACACAGCA